AUGAGCGGCAUACAGUUCUCCGCUACCCCAGGAUACAAUCAAAGCCCAGCCUUGGCUCCCACAUCUUCGCAUUAUGGGAAACCCUCAGGGAUGAGUGGACAAGUCCCGUCUCACUCCGCUCCUGCUGCGAGCCUUACCGGACCUCCUCAGAGCUCCCGGAGCAAGAGGUCCUCAAAAGGCAGCAAUUGGACGGAGGACAAGCACCAAAAAAGGAGGUAUACUCCCCAAUAUACCCAGUACACAGAGUUGACGGACACGCAAGAGCGUGUGUAUCUCGCCACAAGGCAAAAUAUGCACUACCGGAGGCCUCCUCCCCUGUACAGGGACAGUUCUCGAAGGGAUCCAAGCAAGAGAUGCGAAUACCACAACGACAUUGGACACAGUACCAAUGAGUGCAAGAAUCUAAAAGAUGAGAUCGGAAACUUGAUCCAAUUGGGUCACCUGUAUGAGUGGAUCAAAAACCGGCUGUCUCAUCUCAACCUGGUUCCAGCAGGGGGUCCAUUGCCUCAAGGGACACCAGGAGGUGCGCCCAGAGCGUUGGCACUAGCUGUGCCCUCCGGGGGUGCGAUCCUUCAGCAAACCCAUGGCCUGCCACCAAGACCCAACGAAAGAGUGGCCAUGAUCUCUGGUGGGCCCCAUAUUGGGGGGACUACCCGAAAAGAAUUAAAACGCUGCGCCGAGGCCAUCAAACAUGACGAAGUAUGGGAAGUCACCCAGCUUCCAGCUCAAAGGCCCCGACUCAUGGAUCAGCCAAUUACUUUCACGGAGGAAGACACGAAACUGGUGCGUUUCCCUCAUCAUGACCCCCUGGUCAUAGAGACUCCCAUUGCCAACAAGAUUCUGGUUAGAAUAUUGAUCGAUAAUGGGAGUUCCGUGAACUUGUUAUUUAAAGAAGCCUUCACAACAAUAGGCCUCAUGGACCGGGAUUUAUCGCUGAGCGGUUCCCAACUCACAUGA